AUGCUUUCACGAAGCCUAGCUGUAUUGUAUCUCCCACUUUUCUUUUACCUACCAAAUGUUUCUGUUUCUGUAAUAGAUGAUUCAACACGUGUUCCUCUUGGAGAAAGCAAGGACUACAUCAAUGCUAGUUACAUUAGAAUAGUCAAUUAUGGAGAAGAAUAUUUUUAUAUUGCUACCCAAGGACCACUGCCAGGCACCACAGAUGACUUUUGGCAAAUGGUUUUGGAAAAUAAUUCUAAUGUUAUUGCCAUGAUAACCAGAGAGAUAGAAAGUGGAACUAUCAAAUGCCACCAUUACUGGCCCAUUUCUCUGAAGAAGCCUUUGGAAUUGAAACACUUCCGUAUCUUCCUGGAGAACUACCAGAUACUUAAAUAUUUCAUCAUUCGAGU